UAAAACAGUUAUUAGUUGUAACUUAGAGCUAUAGAGUACAGAAAAGUACAUAAAGGGUACAUGAGGCGUUAGCAUGGCGGUGGCGCAUUUACUUGUCUCGCCACUAUUGUCCGUCAGCAUGGCCGACCCGUUCCUGCCCGGACCUUGUGGCGGCUUGCCACUGCAACAGGUAUCUGUGAGGAUAUGCAGUUGAGUAGACGUCGAGGCGAAGGCCAAACGUAGAUAGACUCCAAUCCACACCCUUGUUUAGCGCUUCCGUCUCGGGCGGGGCAACCGGCGACCCUGGCGCGCUUGGCGGACGUUAGCCUGGCAACUGCCUUGUCACAACAUUGCAAACCGUUCUCUACUCCAGCUGUUCCUGACACCUCAAAUCUUGCUAAUUCGCCUGCAUCUUUAUCUCUACCUAUGGAUUUCACGGGGAAAUGGCUAUCUGCCGUGCUCGAUGCGAGAGGUGACUCGGAGCCGCCGCCUAAUCCGCAAAUUCCUGCAGACUACCUGCAAAAGCCCUCAAGGCAGCACCCCGCAUCCAAACAAAUCGAACCUCCAUCCUCCCUUCUUCCUUCUCCACCCACAUCCUUCACCAGAUCAAAGCGAAGCCACACCAAGCUCUCAGAGAUCGAACCCUUAAACUACGAGCCUCCCCCCAAGCGACGACGAACGCCGAACUCACCCUCACUUGUCAUGUCGCAGGCCCUACGAUCGCCGUCGAAGAGGUCCAGUAGGGUAGCUGCAAGGAAAGCAAAGGACACAAACAUCGGUUCAGCAGUAAAGGAUCUCGUGGACCCCAAUGCUACACCACGGCCAGUUCAUGCCAAAGGAAAACUUGCUCCUGGCUUGCCUGUUCCUAUCGUGCCUGUUCUAGACCUGGACGAGACACAGAUGCCAGCAUUAACGCCCAGCGCAUCCGAGGGUGAAUUGGACAUCCUCAGAUACGAUAUAGACCGGCCGGCAUCGUCUAUCACCGAAUCAAUCAGCUCGAGGGCGCGAUCGCGCAGUCCGACCAAACGAAUAGUAGAUCUUCAAGUGGCAGAGAAGACGGUAGCGCUAAAGACGGUGAAAUCGCCUGCAGACGUACCAGAGAACGUGCGAGGAGUUUACAAAGCAAUCCAAAGCCUAGCUCGUGUACCCCGUAGUGUUAUUCCGCUGGGGAUUAAGGAUGAGAUUCAAAAGGAUGCCGGCGGCGAUCUCGACGAUUUGGACCUUUUCGUGACGAUGAAAUCGAAUAGCAUAACUAGAGAACAGUUAACAGAUGAGUUCAAAGCCUUAAGAGAGAUUCGGGACUCAACUGCGUUUUGCAAAACCAAAUACGUCCACGAGCCCACUUAG